UAUGAACUUGCAGACCCAGAACACUUUGUGAACUUUGAGAAGUGUCUUUCUUCCAUGAAUAGCUCGGAAGUGAUUUGUCUUCUGACUACCUUUGCUCAAAUGGCUCAGGCCAGAAGAACCAACAUGGAUGAAGACUUCAUAAAAAUUAUUGUUCUGGAGAUAUAUGAGGUAUCUUAUGUUACCCUGUCCACCAGAGAGACUUUUUCAAAGGUUGGUCGAGAGCUUUUAGGGGCCAUCACAGCUGUUCACCCUGAGAUAAUUUCUAUCCUUUUGGAUAGAGUUCAAGAAACCAUUGACCAGGUUGGAAUGGUUUCUCUAUACUUGUUUAAAGAACUGCCUUUGUAUCUUUGGCGACCUUCUGCCUCGGAGAUAACUGUGAUUCGAGAUUGGUUAUUGAAUUACAGUCUGACAGUGGUGAAGAAUAAACUGGCCUGUGUUAUUCUAGAAGGACUGAAUUGGGGAUUUGCUCAACAGGGUACCCUUCAUCUGGAUCAAGCAGUCCAUGUUGAAGUGGCUUUAAUGGUUCUUGAAGCUUAUCAGAAGUACCUUGCGCAGAAGCCAUAUGCUGGGAUUCUUUCUGAAAGUAUGAAGCAGGUUUCAUAUCUGGCCAGUAUUGUUCGAUACGGAGAGACACCUGAGACCUCAUUUAACCAAUGGGCCUGGAAUUUGAUCUUGAGGUUAAAACUGCACAAAAAUGAUUAUGGAGCACAGCAGAAUUGUCCAACUGUUCCCUUCUCCAGCACGGUGCCUGACAUGACAGAGUCACCGACGUUUCAUCCUCUCUUGAAGGCUGUGAAAGCGGGCAUGCCCCUCGGCUCUUACCUAGCCUUAUCUAUGACGGCUGUGGGCCACAGCAUUGAGAAGUUCUGUGCAGAAGGCAUCCCACUGUUGGGAAUUCUGGUCCAGUCAAGGCAUUUGAGAACAGUGGUCCAUGUCUUGGAUAAGACUGUACCUUUGUUCUAUCCUUGCCAGUAUUACCUUCUGAAGAAUGAGCAGUUUCUGUCACACCUCCUGCUGUUCCUACACUUGGACAGUGGUGUGCCUCAGGGUGUCACACAGCAGGUUACACACAAGGUGGCACAGCAUCUGACGGGAGCCAGCCAUGGGGACAACGUGAAGCUUCUCAACAGCAUGAUCCAGGCACACAUAUCUAUAAGUACUCAGCCCAAUGAAGUGGGUCCUGUUGCUGUAUUGGAGUUCUGGGUUCAGGCUCUUAUAAGCCAGCAUCUUUGGUACCGGGAACAACCCAUCCUCUUCCUCAUGGACCACUUGUGUAAAACAGCUUUUCAGCUGAUGCAGGAAGACUGUGUGCAGAAAUUACUCUACCAACAACAUAAGAAUGCUUUGGGUUACCACUGUGACCGGAGUCUGCUCUCUUCUUUGGUGAGCUGGAUCGUCGCAGGCAACAUCACUCCUUCCUUCUUGGAGGGCAUGGCUACACCCACUCAGGUCUGGUUUGCGUGGACGGUACUGAACAUGGAAUCCAUCUUUGAAGAAGACUCGCAGCUCCGAAGAGUUGUUGAAGGGGAACUGGUUAUAAACUCUGGUUUUACCCCUGACCAAGCUCUGAAGAAAGCCCAGGCCCAGCUGAAGCUCCCCAUCGUGCCGUCCCUCCAGAGGCUGCUGAUUUAUCGCUGGGCCCAUCAGGCCCUGGUCACACCUUCUGAUCACCCUCUUCUGCCACUCAUUUGGCAGAAGUUCUUCCUCCUCUAUCUUCACCGCCCAGGACCACAAUAUGGGUUACCCAUAGAUGGUUGUAUUGGAAGAAGAUUUUUUCAAAGUCCUGCUCAUAUCAAUUUGUUGAAAGAAAUGAAGAGGCGUCUGACUGAGGUGGCUGACUUCCACCAUGCUGCGAGCAAGGCCCUCCGAGUUCCAGCAGAGGGCAGCGAACAGCCGCCAGAGAGUCAGGCUGGUACCCCCGGUUACCUGACUUCACCAGAGCUGCACACAGAACUUGUGAGGCUCUUCAAUGUAUAUAUAUUAUGGCUAGAAGAUGAGAAUUUUCAAAAAGGAGAUACCUAUAUCCCUUCUCUACCAAAGCAGUAUGAUAUUCACAGGCUAGCAAAAGUGAUGCAGAACCAGCAGGAUCUGUGGAUGGAAUAUUUGAACAUGGAGCGCAUAUAUCACGAGUUUCAGGAAACUGUUGGUUUGUGGACGCAGGCCAAGCUUGAGUCCCAUUCCACGCCCUGCAGUUUGUCAGUGCAGCUGGACUUCACUGAUCCUCUGUUGGCUAAAGAAAGGGUUUUAAAUAACUUGCAGAAGCAUGAGGCUCCCCAUCCUCCCCUUGCUCUGCACCCAAUGAGGCCUCCAGUGCCAGUCAUUUCCUCAGCUGCACUACUGAGUCAGAAGGACGCCACCCAACUCGUGUGUGCAGACCUGAAUCUGUUGCAGCAGCAGGCCAGAACUGCAGCUCUUCGGGAAUCUCAACAGGUUGCCCUGGACAGUGAGCUGUUGGACACAAUGCCAAAACAGUAUGUUAAUCGAGAAGAACAGACCACACUACAUUUAGAGUGUAGAGGUAGUAGUGGUAAGAAAUGCCAAGGAGCAGCAGUUAUAACAGUUCUG